AUGAGCUCUCUACUACUGCGUGCAUUCCGGCCCGUGCUGACCUCAUUGUUUGAGUAUGCCGGCUAUCCUUAUUUCAUGGGCUCUUCAGACCAAUAUAUGCCCAUCCAGUCGAAUUGCGCAGUGUCAUCAGCAACCAACACCGAAACUGCUUCAUCAGGCCAACCCAAGAACUCCCAAGAUGAGUUACUAGGACCCUUCCGGCUAUUCUCGCUGCCAGGGGAGCUCCGCAACAUUGUCUAUGCCCACGUUCUCGAAACGGACGAAGCUAUCCUCAUGGCACCAUAUCUCAGGAACGGAGUUCUACAUCAGCGUCUGAUCCUCGACGACCCAACGACAAAACUACGGAUAGACCUAAACCAAAUGAAAUUCGUCUGCAAACAACUCUACGAAGAAACAUCCGCUUUACCACCGACCCGCUGUCCAGAACUAAUCUUCCCCCUCCGCAAAGACACCUCCGACUCCGCUUCUAGCAUAUGCGCAAGCUACAUCGCCAGCGAGUAUCUCAACGACAUCCGUCGCAUCCACGUCCACGAGCGCAUCGCAUACAGACAGCGUCCAUUCUCGCCGCACCUCUUCGACCCUUGCAUGGCCCAGCUCGUAACAUUCGCCACCCACCACCCCCAUACCUCGAUCCAAACCUUCCUCCAUGCCGCAGACCCGAAGAUAUCCAACGGCACUUCCAAAUUCCCCAUCGCAGGCUUCUCCCACGAGAUAGCUCGCAAACGGGGUUCUGGACGAGAUGGCUGA